UUGCAUCCAACGGCUGAGAUCGCCGCCGCCGCGUGGCAGUCGUCACGCGAGACUAGUCGCCUCGACCGAACCCCUCCACUCUCUUCAGUUCUGCCUCCUCCGCCUCCGCCUCGCCGUCGCCGUCGCCGUCGCCGACCUCCGCCGCCCGCCGCCACCGCCGGCUUCCCCGCGCGAUGCAGGCCCGCGUAGUCGUCUUCCCCGUCAAGGGCCGGGCCUGGUGCUUCGCCUGCCCGCGCGCCGCCGCGCCCGCCGCCGCCAGCGAUGGCGCCCUCCCCCCGCCGCCGCCCACCGUGAAGGACCUCUGGCGGGGCAUCGCCGGCGGGGGGCGCACGGCGUCGGAGAACGCGGAGGCCGUCGUCGACUUCGUCGCGGACAAGAUGAACAGGGCGUGGAUCGGGCUCGGGAGCGCGCCGGAGGGGUCGGCGAAGAACCGGAUCCACAGCUUCGGGCUGAAGCUGCUCUCGCGCGUGCGGCCAUCGGAGGUGCUGCUCAAGUCGGUGACCAAGGACGUCUCCAUGCUCGAGAUCGUGCAUCCGGCGAGUAUAAAUCCUCGUCUUGUGCGUCGACGGUUGCGGCAUAUUGCUGUUAGGGGUGCAUCAGUUCACAGGAAAUUUCUUUAUGGCUCAGUUUGUCUGCUUCCAGUUACCAGUGUUUUCAUGGUACUACCUUUGCCAAACAUACCAUUUUUCUGGGUGUUGUUCCGUGCUUAUUCUCAUUGGAGAGCUCUACAGGGAAGUGAGAGGCUCCAGUUGUUAGUUUCUGACUGCUCAGAUCAAUGGGAAAUCCUUCUUGAGAAGCAGAAAGAGAUGAGUUCCAGAAAGGAUGGCAGAGCUUGUGAAAACACUCAAUUUGCUCCUUGGAAUUUGCAGCCUUCGAAGAAGCUUGAUGAGUUCCUUGAGAGGAGAAACUUGAGUGAAGGUUUGGACUGUGAUACCAUUUCGAGAAUAUGCGAGGCAUAUGAUUUGGACAAGAUUGAUGUUCUGAAGUACAGGAAUUUGGAGUAACCACAUCCAGUUUCUUAGGCCGUUAUGGUGAUUUUUUGCCCGCUGAUGUUUGUGUGGUAGAAAUCAACUCCUCUCUUUGAGAACUAUAGCCGAAGGGUUCUGGAGUGACACGAGACUACAAAAUUAGUGACUAAUGCAGAUUUUGCGGAAAGGGAAGAUUAAAAAGGAUCGAGUAGCAUCACAAUUCACAAGUUUUGUUGUUCCUUGGUCUGCUGCUAGUUUACAAGGCAGAGAACAGACAGGACCUAAAACUGUAGUACCCAUGGUGACUUCUAAUUCUGUAGACACCAUGUAAAUAGAGGUGGAGGCAACCUUUCCCCAGCACUAGCAUUUUUCAUUUUCUUUGGUUUCAGCACCACUCAGUAGGAGAUUGCUUCUGUUUAUGAAUUUUGCAGCUGCUAACUCUGAGGUCAAAAGUUGUGAUGGGAUUUUGCAGCUGCUAAUUUUGAGGUCAAAAGUUGUGAUGGGAUAAUCUGUUUCUUUUUAAUGGUGCAACCAGAAUCAAUCAUUAGGUAGAUCUGUACCCAAUUUUGGUUUCCAGGGCAGACUCUCCUGUCUGCAAA